AUGGCCUUCAUUCUGCCAACCCCACUCAUCCGCCGCUCGCGGCACGACCCCGUGUCCUUCAGCCCGCGGCGGCGGCGACCAGUCCCCCCUCCACCUGUUCCGCAGCGCCCCCGCAUGACCUAUCAACCGGACCCGUCCCCCUACUCCAAAAGCGACUUUGGAAACGGCUCCGAUUCCGCCCCCUCGGAUGUCGAGCUGGAGGCCGUCGACGUCCCCGCCUCUGCAGUCGACGCGCAAACGCGUGCCGUGCCGAUAUCAGACCUCAAAUGCUCGCUCUAUGCCGCUGUCUCCAGCACCAACCGUGGCCUCACGGCCAGUGCCGACGAUCGCGCCAACAUCCUCUCCCUCGUCGCAGAGCUGGAGCGCGCUAAGCCGCCCACCGCGCCCGCUGAUGAUCCGGGUAUGCUGUGCGGCCGCUGGCGCCUCUUGUUUACGAACGCGCUCGACGUUCUGUCUCUCGGCCUGCUCGCACCGGUGGCCCAGGUGGGACAGAUAUUUCAGAACAUCUAUGAAGUUCCGCUUGAGGGAAAGGGCGACUACGAUUAUGAUAUUGAAAAUGUUGUGCAGCUCGAGCCUGCUUUCGCUCCGGUUUCGAAUGUGCUCGGGGGGCAGUCCAUUACAAGUAUUACGGUUAGUGCAGAGGGGAGGAAGACAAGCGAUUCUAGAGUCGAUAUUACGUUCGUGCAAAACGCAAUUAAGCAGGAGAAGAUUUUUGGGAUGCAGCUGCCAAAUGAAAUUCCAGCGGCUAAAUUUGCCAUUGGCAGUCCUGUAGGAUACAUAGAAACUACUUUUCUUGAUGAAGACAUCAGAGUUGCUAGAGCCCCGCCGGUUCGAAGUCAAGAGGGGGGGCUAUUUCUGCUCAUUCGUGAACAUUAA